CUUUCUUGCUGCUAUUAUUACGAAACAGUCCCCGAAAAGUCUCAGCUCGACCCUGUGCGGAUCCCGCAGCGGCGUCCCCACCACAAGCCGCCACCGCACGUCGCCGGCGGCGAUGGCCGACGACGUGCGCGAGCUCCUCCUCUCCACAACCGCUGACGCCGACCCCUCCACCCCGCUCUCGGCCCCGGACCUCCGCCUCCUCAUCGACCGCCUCCGCAUCCGCUCCGACCGUCUCCACGCCUCCGCGCUCUCCUUCGCCUCCUCCCACCGCGCGCCGCUCGCUUCCGCGCUCCUCCGCGCGGCCGACUCGUCGGCCUCGUCGUCCUCCCUCGAGUCAUCCCUCGCGUCGGCGCUCUCCCCGCUCUCCUCGUCCCCGAACCUCUCCGACCUCAGGGAACUCUCCGAUCGCCUCCUCGCCGCCUGCCGCGAGCUCCGCGAGCGGCAGGAGCACCUCGCCGCCGCUUCCUCCGUAGCUGACCUCGCGGCUCGCCUUCGUGCCGCUCGCGCCUCAGCUGACCCCCUAGCUGCCGCUGCCGCUGCUGCCGAGCUCAAGCCUCUCCUGGUGGAUCCUGAGGGAUCUGGAUCUAGUGGGGAUGAACCAGUCGUGUUUGGUCUUCUCCGAAGCGAAUGGGAGCAGCUAGUCGACGAGCUGCAAGUGAUGCUUGCGAAGAAUGUGGAGGAAUGUGUGGAGUUUGCACCGGAGGGAGGGAAGGUGGUGGUGAGGGCUGCGCCCAUAGGCAAGUCCAGUGGAACACCUGGUGUGGAGCUUCGUGUGGCUCUGCAGGCCUUGGAGAUAAUUGAUGCUGUAGACUAUGGAAUGGCAAAACUAGCAGACUUGAUGAUCAAGCAUGUCCUUGUUCCAGCUAUCAGCAGCAUAUCUGUGGCAGUUUCUGUGGAAGUACUUGAUAAAAAUGGUCCUGAAUUCCCUAUAUCAAUCUUGUGCAUAGUCCCAACAGAGGAACUACAGGGCUACAAAGAUGGUUCAGCUCUUUACUCAAGAAUAAUCGAUAUAAUCAAGUUUGUUCAUGAGAGCAUUUGCGGAGAAAAUAUCACAUGGAUGCAUUCCUUUUCAAAGUUAACCUGGUCAAGAAUUUCUGGCCUGGUUAUCAAACAUUUUAUCUCCAAGGCUGUUCCUCAUGAAGCAUCCAAGCUAAUUGAGUUCCAAGAAGUUGUGAGAAGUACAACUGACUUUGAGAAUGCUCUUAGGAAUAUGAUGUUUAUUUCACAUGACAAAAGGGAUGGCAAGUUGACCCAAUUUGUUGAUGACGUUGAAGUUCAUUUUGCUGUAAGGAAGAGGAAUGAGAUCUUGGUAAAAGCAAGAGACCUUCUUGUACAGUAUGAUUAUGAUAGUCCUCUUGCAUCACAUAAUCGAGAAGAUUCCAUUGUUGAUCUACUUUUCCUGCCAGAAAAGUGCUUUAUAUCUAAAUCAGCGCUUCAACUAAUGAAACUGGUUCAUGGAGCCUUGAAGGAUGCUUGUUUGUCAUCUGCAAGAGUUGCAAAGGAGUUAUGCUAUGCUGCUAGGGAUGCCUUACUCUUGUACAAGGCUAUUGUGCCAGUUCAGCUAGAGAAGCAACUUGAUAGUAUCAAUCAAGUAGCUGCCAUUAUUCACAAUGACUUCUAUCAUUUGUCCCAAGAAAUUCUUGGUCUUGCAUUUGAGUACCGUGCAGACUUUCCUGGUGACCUACAAAAACUAGUUGUUUUUGUGGAUUUAGCCCCAAUCUUCUCCCAGAUGGCAGAUGGUGUACUUACAAGGCAAAUCCAGCUUGUUACUGCAAACUUAAUCGAGGCUAUAGAUGGUGCUGAUGGUUUUCAGAACACACACCAACCUCAGCAUUAUGAAUCAGCAAAAUUCAGCAUUGAGCAGGUUGUGUUCAUUUUAGAAAAAUUACACAUUAUGUGGGAAUCGAUACUGCCGAGAUCAAUUUACAAGAGAAGUAUGUGUUACAUCCUUGGAUCUGUCUUUUCUAGAAUUACAAAAGAUAUGCUUCUAAUAGAUGACAUGGCUGCAGAGGAGACAUUACAGCUGCAAGGUCUUAUCCAUUUGGCUCUUGAAAAUCUCUCCUCAUUAUUUCUGUCCCUGGUUGAGAAUGAGUUCUUGGACCAUCAAACUUGGAUCGAGUUGGACGAGACCAUAUGGCCUUUAAAGAAGUUCCGGAAGCUUGCAGAGCUGCUUGAUAUGUCAUUAAAAUCCAUCACGGCCGCUUGGGAAAGUGGGGAGCUAGCUAAUUGUGGUUUCAAAUCGUCUGAGGUGCAAAAUUUUGUCAAAGCAAUAUUUGCGGACUCUCCUCUUAGGAAGGAGUGCCUACUGUGGAUUUCUAAAACACCAUCUUAGGAUGCAGAA